AUGGCAUCGAGCAUAGCAGCCAAAUUCUCCCUCAAAGGCCGCAGUUAUGUGGUGACAGGAGGAGCGAUGGGCAUUGGUUUCAGUAUCGCAAAAGACAUUGCCGAGUCCGGUGGCAACGUUGCAGUCAUCGACCUGCGAGACUCACCACUAGAGGACGUGUACGGCCUUGCGAAACAGUUUAAUGUCAAAGUCUACUACUUUCAAGCAGACGUCAGCAACGAGGCCAGCCUGACGACGGCAUUUGAGAAAGCUGUACAGUCAUUAGGCAAAAUCGACGGCCUCGUCACCGCAGCCGGCAUCGCUAUUGACAAGCCCUUUGUCGACCAAACCUGGAGCGAAGUCUCCAAAGUUCUCGAAGUCAACUCCCUAGGCUCCUUCUUCGCCGCCCAACUCUUCGUCAAACACCUCCAACUCCAACGCACAGGCGGCAGCAUAGUUUUCAUAGCCAGCAUAACCGCCCACAUCAACCUCCCCGGCUACCGCAUGUCCGGCUACAACGUCUCCAAAGGCGGCAUUAAAAUCCUCUCACAAGUCCUCUCCUCCGAACUCGCCCCUCUCAACAUCCGAGUAAACUCUGUCAGUCCGGCGUUUAUCGAGACGAAUCAAACUCGAGGCGCGAGAGAGAAUACGACGCAGGCUUGUGGGGAGUUGAUGCAGACUGCUCCGCCGUUGGGGAGAAUUGGAGUGCCAGAGGAGGUUUCGCCCGCUGUGGUGUUUUUGUUGAGUGAGGCGGCGGCGUAUGUGACGGGGGCGGAUUUGUUGGUUAGUGGGGGGAUACAUACGGGGAGAGGUGGUGAUUAUGACAUGUGUCGAAAAUAG